CCUGGAAGCGGAAGCCUCUGAGGAGUGCCAAGAUGGCGGCUUCCAUGGCGCUGUUCUCUGGAUGGAGGCAGCUCGUGUCUGGCUUUUUGUGGGGCGGCUGGGCUCGGAUUCCGUCCCGCGGACUCCGUCAGGUUGUAGAAAUUACUGAAGGGAACACCACUGUUAUUGAAGGCAAAAUUACAGAAGAUGAGGAAGCCCCAACCCCUCCAAAUCCUUCUGGCCAGUGUCCUAUCUGUCGCUGGAACCUGAAACACAAGUAUCAUUAUGAGGAUGUCUUACUGCUAAGUCAAUUCAUACGCAGUGAUGGAGGGAUGCUACCUCAGAAGACCACAGGCCUUUGUAGGGAAGAGCACAAGAAGAUUGCAAUAUGUGUGCAAAUGGCUCAUCGAGCAGGUUUGCUGCCAAAUCAUAGGCGUAAAUUUCCUGAAGGUUUUGUCCCAAAAAACAAGCCGAAACUCAACAGGUACCUUACCCGGUAUUCUGUCAGAUCUAUGAAACCCAUCUAUAACAAGGGACGAAAGUGGUGCAAGGUUCCCAUGCCUGUAUCGCACCCCAUUCUCAGAGAUAAUAUCAACUAUGGAUCAAAGCCUCCUCGUUUUAACCACUGACGUAGCUUAUGUUGACAGUAGAUUGCAACUGUUUGGACCGUCUUGCUCUGCCUCAGAAUUUGACCAUUAAAAGCGUUUUGAUGUGAUGUACAAUCUGGAAGAAGCCAAUGAAGUUUUGUUUUUUUGCUGGAAGCAUACAGGAACGAGGGAAGAAAAAGCUUAAUGGUUAAGAAGUAGAUUGUUAUUUAACUGGAAGAAACACUGGCGGCUCUUACUUGGGGAUAACAAAACUAUUUAAAUCCCAAUUAAAAUCUUGAGAUGAAUGCAAUGGUUGCAUCAUGUUUCAGUUCUUUUGAUAGCCUGUACCCUUUGCACCCUAACAAUGUUAAUAAAAUGAAGAAAUAAUAUUUAA